AUGUCCGAAAAGUGGCAGGUCGGCGCCCCCUACCUAGACAUGCAGUGCGGGCUCGGCGAAGGGCCCUACUACGAGCCAGCCACCGACACGCUGCGCUUCGUCGACAUCAAGAAGAAGCAGCUUCACACCGUGUCGGUUGCUGAUGGGCCCGCGUCGCUCAAGACGCUCCAGUUCGAAGAGGCCGUCACCGUCACUGCCGACGUCGACGGCCGGGACCCAAGCCGGACCAUCCUGAUUGGGGCCAAGCAGGGCCUGGCUUUGCUCGACCUGGCCACGGGGAAGUACGACUAUCUGACCAAGUUUCCCGAGGAGAAGCCCGAGAGGAUUAGGAGCAACGACGGUGGCGUCGAUCCGAUGGGGAGGUUCUGGAUGGGCACCAUGACGGAUUUCGGGUUGGGACCGUUUCAACCUGAGGGCUCUCUCUACCACUUCUCGGGCGCGGGCACCGUCGCCCGUUCCCUUUCCGGCCUGACCAUUCCCAACUCGGUGGGCUGGUCCCCUGACGGUCGGACAAUGUACUUCACCCACUCGUCGGCCCGCACCAUCUUUGCCUGGGACUUCAAUGUCGAGGACGGGUCUCUGUCCAACGAGCGCGUCUUCUACCGCCACGACGGCCCCGGCGAGCCCGACGGUUUCCGCGUCGAUGUGGACGGCAACCUGUGGCACGCCGUCUACGGAGAAAGCAGAGUGCUCAAGAUCGCGCCUAACGGGAGCCUCGUCGGUGAAGUGACUCUGCCCACGAGGAAUGUCACCUGCUGUGAGUUUGUUGGGGAGGACCUCUUUAUCACUACCGCCUCAGAUGAGGAGGGCGAAGGGGAGAGUAAGCGGCUUGGGGGCGGUCUCUUCAAGGUUAACGUUGGGACCAGAGGGACCGAAAGAUUCAAGUUCAAACUUCAUUAG